AUGGCGGCGGUGCUGGACGCGUUUGCGUCCAAGCUGGUGGACAUCCUGACGGGCAUGGCCAAGGACGAGGUGGAGAUGCUCCUAGGCGUGCCGGGCGAGAUCACCAAGCUCGAGGCGACGCUCGGUGACCUGAGCAGCAUCCUGGCUGACGCCGAGAGGAGCCGCAUCCGCGACUCUGCUGUGGAGCGGUGGGUGAGGGAGCUCAAGGAUGUCAUAUCAUGGAGUGUGGAGAAGAUCCCUCGUCAUCAGUUUCCGCUCCGAAAAGCACUUCAGGAUGCUGGAACAUCUCCAAGACGUUCUAUUGCUUCCGCAACCCUGUUGUCGCGCAUGAAAUUGGAAGGAAGAUCCAAGCCCUCAACCAGCGACUGGAGGACCUUGAGAAGAGGAGCUCCCGCUUCGGAUUCAUCACGCAAGAAAUCAACUCCUAAGUCCGAUGUUGUUGGUGACAAGAUCAUGGAGGAUACAAAGAAAAUCGUUGAUCUACUAACAAAGAAGGUAGGUAGUCCGGCUGAAUCCAAGGGCAACAACGUUGUUGUUGCUGUUGCUAUCACUGGCAUGGGUGGGAUAGGAAAAACCACCCUUGCUAGGAUGGUUUUCAAUGAUAGCAAGAUGGAGGAGAGCUUCGAUCAAAGGAUAUGGUUGAGCGUUAACAAGGAGGUCAAUGACAUCAAUGCCCUACGAAGUGUUCUAGCUUCUUUUGGCACCAACCAUGAAAGCUUUGCGGGAAACAAGGACCUGCUUGAGCGUGCUUUGAAGGACACGGUCCAGCAAAAGGAGGAGUUUCUGUUGGUGAUGGAUGAUGUGUGGAGCGAGAAGGUGUGA